AUGGGUACCUUACACUGGAACAAAGCACAUGGCCUAUGGGGUAAACGGAGCUUAUUCAAGAACGACGAAUAUGACUCACAAAAGCGAGUUCCACAAAAUAGUGAACCAUACGAAUCAUUGUGGGGAGAA